AUGAGCACAAACGCCAUUCCCGCGUCUGCAUCCUCAUCCUCGGCGUGCACAUCUCUAGAUCAGCCAGGACAGUAUAAUAAACCGCUCCAGAUUACUGCAGUAAUUGUCAUUUUCGCCGUCUCGUCGUCGGCCGCACUUCUCCCUGUCUUUGCCACCCGGUUUCCACGCCUAAGCAUUCCUCAACGCAUCCUUUUCCUCCUCAAGCACUUUGGAACAGGUGUUCUCAUUGCUACCUCGUUCUGCCAUCUAUUACCCACUGCAUUUGGAUCGUUGUUAAGCCCUUGCCUGGAUCCCAACUCUGUUUGGGGUCGCUACCCCGCAAUGCCCGGUGCAAUCUCUAUGCUUGGACUCUUUCUCGUCGUCACCGUGCAGUUAGUCUUUGCAGAAAUCCAUGGGCCCGAGAAUUUCCAUCAUCAUCGCUCCGAAAUAGUCGACGGCCCGCCACGGAACUCCGAAAAGGAACCAAAGCAAAAGCAGGACAAGGUCCAUGUGUAUACUACAAAGGAUACUGCUAAAGAAAAAGGUGACUUUUUACGAGUCGCCUUGCUCGAGAUGGGUAUUCUCUUUCACAGCGUGUUCAUCGGAAUGGCCUUAAGUGUAUCAAAGGGAUCAGGCUUCGUUGUUCUUUUUAUUGCUAUCGUAUUCCAUCAAACGUUUGAGGGUUUGUCUCUUGGGACAAGGAUUGCAUUACUUCGCUUCGAGCCACGAGAGAAUCUAGGGAAAUGGUCCAUCCCUCCUCCAGUCAGACCUUACAUCAUGGGUGCUCUCUAUGGCAUCACCACACCUGUCGGUCAAGCCAUCGGCUUGAUCCUGCUCUAUUCCCCAGGCAGCUCAUAUGAUCCUGGAUCCAGUACUGCCCUCGUUCUUGUCGGCGUCAUGAACGCAAUUUCUGCCGGCUUGCUGCUGUGGGCAUCCCUCGUCGAGCUCUUGGCGGCCGAUUUUCUAGGAGAAGGACGCAAUAGUGGACUAAUGGGCCAGUCUCUGCGACACAGGGUUUCUGCUGCCAUUGCUGUGCUCGCUGGAGCAGGGGGCAUGGCACUGGUAGGUGCAUGGGCAUGA